AUGUAUGGCAGGAACGAUUACAGAGGGGAUGAGGUCAGCUUUGAGGUCAUUCAUAAGUCGUCGAAAAGAGGCUCAGAGAGACGCUUUAUGGAUGAAAGUGAAAGAAGGACAACAUUUGUUGUUGAUGAAGUAACAAAUAUUGUGAAGGAGAGUAUAGAAAACAACAUUGGCUCCAGUUCAUAUGUUCACACUAAAGUGCCACAAUGGACAUCGACAAUCGUCGAACAAAUUCUCAAUCAAUUGACGAAACUAGGGAAGCCUUUCAAAUACAUAGUAACCUGUGUCAUAAUGCAGAAAUGUGGCGCUGGGUUACAUACAGCUAGCUCCUGCUAUUGGGAUAAUUCUACUGAUGGUAGUUGUACAGUAAAAUGGGAAAAUAAGUCGAUGUAUUUCAUUGUGACGGUGUUUGGGCUGGCCAUUUGA